AUGGAAGGUCGUACUGUUGUCAAGGCGACCCAGAUGACGCCAGCUUGUACCAAGUACUCCGCCAUAAUUGUCAUGCUAAUUUACCAGCGUCCGGCCAGGUACUUGGUAGACUGGCAAACUUUACGCCCAUUACAAAAUUAA